AUGCUGGAAAAACCACCAAGAACAUCAAUGACAAGUCAAGAUAACACUCAAAUUAAUCUUGAAAUCAAGACUUUACUCGUGCAACUGAACGGCAGGGUCACAAAUUUAAUAAAAAAGAUCACUUCUGCCGAGUCCUUCAAGGCAGAAAUUGAAGCUUUAGUGAAUGAAGCAAGGAAAUCUCAUCAUUCUAGCACUGCAAGAAGAAACCAUCUUGAUAAGGCAAGGCAAUUGCUGAUGCAAAAGAUUGAUGAAUUCAAGAAAGAAGAAGAUACCGAGGAUAGAGGACUCACAAAGACUGAUGCAAUGGGGGCUCCUUCCGAUCUUACAGGAAACCGUGUGUCAAUGGUUCAGAAAGAUCACAAGCAAACUCAGAUUCUAGCUACAGAAGUGGAUCGGUACAUUGCAGAGAUUGAUCGGAAGGUGAAUGUAUUAGAGGAUCCAUCCUACCUGACGGAAGAAAUCAGAGCCCUGAAUGUAGAUCGAGUGAGAGCCGAGUCUUUAAAACUUUUUCUUCAAUCUAGUGAUAGAAAGAAGGAUCUUGAAGUAAGACGAAGGAUUGCUUACGUGAAUCAAUGGCUGAAUCAUAAGACGGAGAGCCAUAAAAGUGGAGACUCAAGCAUCAAAUACUGUGUGCUUGUUGUCGAUGAUAACUGUGAAGAUCGAGAAAGCCUUCGCGAACUCCUCAUGUCGUUUAAGUCACAAACGACGCCUACAAUGGAUGUUCAAGUGGCAAAAAAUGGAAAAGAAGCUGUUUAUCUUCAUCUUGCUGGGGCUUCCUUUGAUAUGAUUGUUAUGGACGAUUUAAUGCCCGUCAUGAAUGGAAUUGAGGCAACGAAGCAGCUAUUCGGCAUGGGUGUUAUCAGCUUCAUUGUUGGUGUCGGUGAUGACACCGUGAAACAAGCAUUUAUUGAUGCGGGCAUAGACCAAUACAUAGAAAAGCCUCUGACUCCUGCGAAGGUCGCUGAUCUCUUCCCUGAUCUCAGCGACUCAUACUUCGACCUUUAAGUGUUUCUCAGUCUAAUCCGUCUGCUUUUACUUUUCUUGGAAGGUUCUUAGUUGUAGAGAUGAACUCUAUGGAUAAAGCUCCUGACUAGCUAGUUAUGCUAUGAGAUAAAUGAAUAGUUGCACUUCAAGCAGAGCUGGGAGGUGUUGUAUUGGCUUAGUUGUAAAAGAAAAGGAUAAAAGUUGCAGACAUUUUUGGUAUUA